GACGACGCACCGCGGCGCUGCGAGGGGCUCGGUCCCGGGGCGCGCCGGCGAUUGGCGGGGGAACGGGACCCGGGGGCGCGGCCGCCCGCGGAUUGGCGAGGCACGGCGGGGGCGGGCUCGCGCAUGCUCUUAAGUGGCAGCGGCGGGGACGGGGUCAGUGCCAAGAUGUCGACGGCGGCGGUUCCGGAGCUGAAGCAGAUCAGCCGGGUGGAGGCGAUGCGCCUAGGGCCGGGCUGGAGCCACUCGUGCCACGCCAUGCUGUACGCCGCCAACCCUGGGCAGCUCUUCGGCCGCAUCCCCAUGCGCUUCUCGGUGCUGAUGCAGAUGCGUUUCGACGGGCUGCUGGGCUUCCCCGGGGGCUUCGUGGACCGGCGCUUCUGGUCGCUGGAGGACGGCCUGAACCGGGUGUUGGGCCUGGGCCUGGGCUGCCUGCGCCUCACCGAGGCCGACUACCUGAGCUCGCACCUGACCGAGGGCCCACACCGCGUCGUGGCGCACCUGUACGCGCGGCAGCUGACGCUGGAGCAGCUGCACGCCGUGGAGAUCAGCGCGGUGCACUCGCGCGACCACGGCCUGGAGGUGCUGGGCCUCGUGCGGGUCCCGCUGUACACCCAGAAGGACCGAGUCGGAGGCUUCCCCAACUUCCUGAGCAACGCCUUCGUGAGCACGGCUAAGUGCCAGCUCCUCUUUGCCCUCAAGGUGCUCAACAUGAUGCCCGAGGAGAAGCUGGUUGAGGCCCUGGCUGCAGCCACCGAGAAGCAGAAGAAGGCCCUGGAGAAGUUGCUCCCGGCCUCCUCUUGAGGGCUGCCUGAGCUGGUGGCACCCUUCCCUGGGCCGGAAGACUGGGAAUUCCUGCUAAGUGUGGCUUCUAGAGUGUUUGUGUGUACCCCGCUUCUGACUGCCUAGGGCGAGUGGGCAUCCUGUCAUCUCCACUGUCCCAAGCAGUCACUAGGUGGCGGCCGGGCCAGCUGGAACCCAGCCCAUCCUCUCAGGCAGAGCAGGGUGGUCCUGGCACACUGGGCCUGCCUCUCCAGCCUCAGGAUGCUCCUGUUUAUCCUGGGCUCAGACCCUCCUCUUGUACGUCUCAUCACAGCUGGUAGAGACCCAGGAGUGCCUGAUUGUCCCACAGGGGUGGCGCACAGCUCUGGGAUCACUCAGAAGAUGGGAUGUGUGGGUGGAGGAUGCCUUGUCUCGGUCAGCUCAUUCCUGCCUCCUUCCUGAGCCAGUUCAGGGCCUGGGGGAGAGCCAGCUUGGGGUAGGAAGUUAAUAUUGUUAAUUUGGGUUGUUGUUGGAUUUACUUUGCUAGAUUUUCUCUUUCACCACGUGUGAACUGUGGGUGAGGUUUCAAAGUAGCUUCACCCCACGUGGCUUGGUUCCCAGGGACAGUCAGGGCCUCGGGGGCCCAGCUAUGUACAACGAAGCUGUCGAAGGAGAAGACAAUAAAGUCGCUCCGCAGCUGC